AUGAAUCCUCAGGUGGCAUUACUAGCUGAGGCAUUGCAAGUAUUGCUGGAUAAUGCGAAUGAAGCCGGUGGAGCUCAGGUGCAGCAGCCUCGCCGGGCACAGAUUCAACAAGAGGAGGUUCAGUUUAUCAGGGAUUUCAAACGCUUUGGACCACCCGUUUUCAACGGGGUGAGUGAGAGGCCUACUGCGGCCGAGGAAUGGGUCCGGGAGUUGGAAGCCCUUUAUGUGUAUUUGGGAUGCUCCGACGAAUUCAAGGUCCGGGGAGCAGUGUUUAUGCUUUGGGGAGAAGCAGUAAAUUGGUGGGAGUCGGUGGCGGCAGCGGAGGAUCACGCCAAUGUACCCGUCACAUGGGCGAGGUUUAAGGACCUACUCUAUGAAUACUAUUUCCCCGUGACUGUCAGGAAUGAAAAACGGGCAGAGUUUCUCCGUCUCACUCAAGGGAGCCUAACUGUGGCCCAACACGAGAGGAAAUUCACUGAGCUGUCCCGUUUUGGAAUGCAAUAUAUUCCUACUGAACAAUUAAAGAUUGACAAGUUCAUUGACGGUUUGCGUAGGGAGAUCAAGGGGCUCAUUAUUCUCAAGGAACCAACUACUUAUGCAGCGGCGGUCAGGUGUGCGUUGGUUAUGGACAAAUGUCUCGAAGAGCCUCAGUCUCAGUAG